AAGAAAGAAAAAAAGAUCGAGCUUUACGGGAUCUUAGAAUUAUGGAAGAAUUUUGAGGACGAGGCAAUUUGAUUUCACCUUGGAAAAAUGGAAUUAACAAAUGGAUUUUCUUAAACAAGCUCUCUCCAUCUCUCUCUCCCCCUCUCUCUCUCUCUCUCCCUCUCCCCGUAUCUCUCGCUCAUUGGGGGGGGAAAUAGAGCGCUCAAAUGAAGGGGACACAGAUGUGGAUUAAAACGGAUAAAUGGGACACUCCAGAGAAAAACAUCCACUGAGAAAAGCGCUCGGAGCAAGUGACUGUGAUGGGCUGUCGGCCUGCAUCUGAAGUACUCCACCAAAGAAUAAUAUCUACUCCUGACCUACUCUGAAGAACAAUAUCUGAUUCAAUCAAUGUUGCAGCCUCCCCUACGGGGAAUUACUCCUGAGUAAUAGGUGGACCCUCAGAAAAGAGCAACAUUGGAUAAUGUGAAACUUGACCUUCAAGGAGAGAACUCAGGACGAGGGACACCAGCAGUGGAGGAUGUCAGCGGAGGCCGAGCUCCAGCCGGGUGUCAAAACCAGCCAGCGGAAGGAGUCCAGGAGAAUCAAAGGUCAGGACCGCAGUGAGGCGGGGCUUAUUAAGCGUUUCCGUGGGGAUGGUGUGCGAUACAAGGCCAAGCUGAUCGGGAUUGAUGAGGUGACAGCGGCGCGCGGGGACAAGCUGUGCCAGGACUCCAUGAUGAAGCUGAAGGGAAUGGCUUCCUCGGCGCGUUCCAAAGGGGAGCACAAGCAGAGAGUGUUCUUGACGGUCUCUUUCGGCGGGAUCAAGAUUUACUGCGAAAGAUCAGGGGUGCUCAUGCAUCACCACUCUGUCCACGAGAUCAGCUACAUCGCCAAGGACACCAGGGACAACCGGGCCUUUGGCUACGUCUGCGGGAAGGAGGGCCACCAUAAGUUCGUGGCCAUCAAGAACGCACAGUCGGCGGAGCCUCUUAUUAUUGACCUGCGCGACCUCUUCACGCUCAUAUACGACAUUAAACAGCGCGAGGAGAUGGAGAAGAAGGCCCAGAAGGACAAACAGUGCGAGCAGGCCGUCUACCAGACCAUCCUGGAGGACGAGGUGGAUGAUCCAGUUUACCAGUACAUAGUGUUUGAGGCUGGACACGAACCCCUCCGUGGCCCCCAUUCAGAGGAGAGCGUAUAUCAGGUCCCAACCAGUCAGCAGAAGGAAGGGAUCUAUGAUGUCCCAAAACGGCAUUUCAUGACUAACAUCAACCACUUUGAUCUUUUCGGCGACAUGUCCACUCCUCCCUCGAUGCCCCCAUCCCCCGCCAACACACUGGACCCUAGCAGGAGCAGCCGACAGCAGCAACACGCUGCUGAGUUGUACGCCCCCUUCAGCCCUACCUCCAUGCCGUCAGGCUACAUGACCAUGGGUCCGGUGCAAGCCGCCCAGUGGGCGCAGCAGCCGUUUCCUGCCCAGGCCCAGACUCUGGCCUUCCCCGUGCAGGGGCCCCUCCAGGUCGCUCAGGUCCUCCCCGGUGGUCAGCCAGUCAUCUGGAGCCAGGCCAACAUUUUCCCCGCCACUCAGCAGCAGUGGGCGGCCAUGGCAGCCUACAUGCCUGCCCAGGCCGUGGGCGUGGGAGGGCACGCCAUACCAGCUGCCAUGCUCCAAGGCCUAGUACCCAUUACCACCAUGUGCCCCCAAGCCUGCGACGUAUCGGCCCCCUCCUCCGCCAUCACCAGCCCCCAGCACACGGCCGACGCAGCCCUUCUCGAGAGGCAGCUGAGCCUGGGCCUUGACUCCGAUGCCGGCGAGGGCCCCUCCACGUCAGGAGCCGGAGGAGCAGGUGUGGGAUCCGGCGUGGCGUCUGCUGGGGUGAGCAGGUGCGGGACCCCGGGCCUCAUGAGCGUACCGGACACACUGGUCUGCGGUCAGCUGCUGCCACCUUCGGCUGCCGCGGCCCAGGAAGAGGAAGAAAGCUGCAGCGACCUUGAUCUCUCUAGGAUGACCUUGAGCCCAGGGACGUCCACAUCACCGUCUACUGAAUCACCAGCAUCCACUCCAGCCCCUCAGCAGAGCUCGUCUUCAGACUGCCCCCCCUCCCAGGCCAGCGACGCCCCCGCAGAUCACUCCCCCGUAGACCCCGAGGGCAGCUGCAGCAACGCCAAGGAGGAACAAUCGGGCUCUGGUGUUGCAAGGUCAAUCUCUCCGGCACCCAGUGGAGAUCCUGAUUCUUCGCAGGAUCAGACCUGUCCACAGGAAGACAUGGCACAGACGCCUGCAGUCUUGUGUGUUCAGUUCCACUUCUGGGUCUAUUGCGGCACUGAGUUCAUGUGCAGGCCAGUAUUGAUCCGUGUGUGUUUACACAAGAGAGCUGAGCAGUGUCUUCUCCUCGUUCACUGUCGGGCGCGACACACAACCAUGCUUCCUGUGGUGGGCGCACUCAGGUUCCAGUGCUGUCUGCUCAGUGUUACUUUGGUGCUGCUAAGUAAUGUUGGCGUGACGAAAGCGAACAACGGAGAGCCCGGUGCUCGCGAGGCUCGGUCGGCGGGCGCUCAGGUGGUCGUUCAUCCCGUCGACUGCGUUUUGUCUGAGUGGAGCUCGUGGUCACGUUGUGACACCUGUCAAAAAAAAAGGUUUCGCUAUGCCAAACUGGACCAGCCAUCCCAGUUCGGAGGGCAGCCGUGCAACUUCCACGGCAAGGAGGAGGAGGCCUGUGUUGUUCCAGCACGCUACACCUGUGACAGUGUUCCUGUGUGCGAGGGAUUCCUCUGCAGCCAAACAGGCCGCUGCAUCCCCAGAACUCUGCAGUGUAGCGGGGAGGACGACUGUGGGGACAUGUCGGAUGAGGCCGGCUGUAAGAACGUCCCGAAGCCCUGUAGGUCGGAGGCUGAGGAGUAUUGGGGAAUCGAAAACCUUGCCAAAGGAAUCAACAUCUUGAACAGUAAGCUGGAGGGAGUGGUGCUGGAUAACAGAUACUACGCCGGCAGCUGCUUGCCGCACUACAUCGAGGAUGUCAGAUUCAGGAAGCCUUACAACUUGCUACAUUACACGUUGCAGACAAAAGGCUCGUAUGAUUUCACAAUGCAGUCUUUUGAAUCAUACAAAGACUACAAGGACCACACCCUGAAAGAGCGCCACACCCAAACCUCUUUUUCCUUUGGCAUUGCCGUUCCAGGCGUAUUUGAAUUUGGCUUUAACUUCAGUGACGACAAAUAUUCAAAAGCCGAAAGGAAGAUUCGCCGUGCUUCUAGCAAGACCAACAGCUUUGUGAGGGCCAAAGCAGAACUGGAAUUGGCCCAGUACAUGUUGAAGUCCAACGACUUGAUUCUUCACCCUGAGUUCCUGCAGCGUCUGCGCUCCCUGCCACAGACUUACGUCUAUGGGGAAUACAGACAGAUCUACAUGGACUACGGUACCCACUACAUCACAGAGGCAGCCCUCGGAGGAGACUAUGAAUACACCGUCAUCCUGAACAAGGAGAAGCUCGAGAAGACAGAUUAUUCUUUGGACGACUAUAAGCGCUGUACUCAGGCGGGCCUCAAGGUCGGGGCCAACAUAAAAGGUGUUUACGUGUCGGCGGGGUUUCACGGUGGAUCCUGUAAUGGCCUGCUGAAUGAGUUGGGAGAGGACACGGCGCACGGCAGCAUGGUGGAGGACUUUGUGUCCGUUGUCAGGGGCGGGAGUAGUGAGUCCAUCACUGCGUUGGUGUCUAAAAAGCUUCCCACCCCGGAGCUGAUGGGGCUCUGGGGCGAGGGCGUACGUUUUAACCCUGACUUCAUACGAAAAACAACGCGGCCGCUGUUUGAGCUGGUGAUCUCCAGAGACUUCACCCAUCACGCCACCCUGAAGAUGAACCUGAAGAGAGCGCUGUCAGAGUACCUGGCCGAGGCCAGUCCGUGUCGAUGUGCUCCGUGCCACAACAACGGAGUGGCCGUUUUGAGAGGCACCAGGUGUAACUGCGUGUGUCCCGUCGGCUACUCUGGACGAGGCUGUGAGAUCACUAGCAGGCGAAAAGAAAUAGCCAUUGAAGGCAGCUGGAGCUGCUGGGGUGCAUGGUCAUCCUGCAGUGGGGGAACAAUGGCGAGGAGUCGACAGUGUAACAACCCGGCGCCCAGCGAAGCAGACCUGGCAUGCAGAGGACUGACGCAUGAGACAACUGAAUGCUUUUAGUAUCUGAAUGAUGAUUAAAAACCCCUUGUUGAAAAUAGAAGUUU